AUGAGCUUGCUUGUAAUCCUGGCCGCGUUAGUGGCACCGUCUAUCGCCGAAACCUACGAAGACAGAGAAUACUAUAAGUACAGAGGUCCUCCAGCCCCUUUGUCGAACGAUGGGCUUGUCAUGGACACGCCGGAAGUGGCCCACGCGAGGGCUUCCCACUUAGCUUUGCACGCUGAGGCCAUGGCCAGAUUGAGGAAGGCUCAGAACGAUUACGAAAUGUAUGAGAACAACGAGAUGUCGUAUAUGCCACAAAUGAUGGACCCCAUGGAAACUGUGAUGCAGAAACGGCAGAGACAGAGGGCGUACGUGCCAUUGGAUCGUGAUGCACACGUCAUGGACCCUCCUGAGAUGGCGGACGCGAAAAGUGCUCGCAUGGCGGCGCACUCGCGCGCAGCUUCCAAGGCGUCCGAAUUCUACGAACUCGACGUAUUCGACGGGCGAAAAAAUCUGGUCUACCUGGCUCCUAUUCGAGUUACAUACAAGCACACGCCGUCGAUGGGCUAUCGGGGUCCUCUCGCGCCAUUGGGACCGGAUGGACGCGUGGUGGACACGCCGGAAGUGAUGAGGGCACGCGAGGCACAUCUGAAAGCGCACGCACGCGCUGCAGCGCUCUCCACGCACAACGAUCUUUACUACUGA